AUGGCGCCGGUGCAGACUUCGUUUUUACACUCCGUUUUCAUCGUAGUUGGCGUGAAUAUCUUUUUUACAACAGCCGCUUUACCUGGCAUGUUAUUCCCUAAAGACUCGGAGCGCCGAGAGGUCAAAGAUUUGAGCGGAAUCUGGGAUUUUCGCGCCGAUAUGUCAGACAACAGAAAUAGUGGGUUUGAGGGUAUGUGGUUUGCCAAACCAUUAUGGCAGGUAAGUUUAACUAAAUAUUACGAUAAUUAAAUUCUGUUCUUAAGACAGUUACAAAUAUCAAGAUACGCCUUUAUGUACUUUCGUUAAAUCAUAAAGCCUCCGAGAAAAAUCUCAAAUCGUGUAAGCGGAAAUUGCCUCGCACAACAGGAAGAACUGCCAGGGAAUCCUCUUCUGAUUUCAGCUUCUACAAUCAUUUGCGCUUUUCAAGAAAUUCACGAAUUGGCCUUUGUGUUCAGUUGAGUGUCUUCUUUUCCUAUUCCUUAUCAUCGAUUUCCAUCUUAGAUACACAUUUCAGUUUACCUGUAGGCAAAUAACUAAACAUUUAAGGCAAACGGGUGUAAAACGUUUUCCAUCCGGAAACACAGGAGAAUUAAAUUAAUUAAAUUUAAAUGGUUUUGAACUUAGGAAUUAAAGGUUACAUAUUGUUAGAAAUUUGAAAGAAUUCAACUUGACACUUGAAAGAAUUUAACUUAAACACAGGAAAACAUGGCCUUUGAGAAAUAUAAUUCCUUUCAACAUUUAAAUAAUUAAUUUCUUGUUAAAAUGAUUUCCACAUGCACUACUGAUUACUUUGAUUGGACAAUUGAAUUAACACUUUCUAACAGGUCUCUUGUGUCAUGCAGUCCAAAAUUGCUCUCUAUUCCAGCUUAAAUAUUGUUAUCUUAUGUGUGCAUUAUGUUCUCAUAUUUCUUUCAAAUAGUUCAUCCAAUCAAAAUGCUGGUAAUAUUUUUCUAUUUUGAGAUGAUUGCCUUGGAAGUUGCACCCAGCUUUUGCUUGCAAGUAUAUUUUUUUCCUGGUUGAUAAUCAGCAAAUAUACAAACAAAAUGUUAAAAAAAAAUGAAAAAAUCUUAAUCAAUCAAGUAAGGAAAACAUUUUGUGUUUUUCAAGUCCUGUCUGACAUAAAUUACAUUUUCUUGUCAGUUUUAUUAGUUGGAUAGUAAACAAUUUAAUAGUACAGUCACCCUUACAAUAUUGACUGACCUAUGCAACUAGAUAAAUAGCUGAUGGAUUGCACCUAUAUGUAGUAGUUGACUGAUCAUUAACCAACAUACUAUCUGGUAGUAUGUAUGGAUCACAUUUUAGGGUUUUUGGGAAGAAGCAAUGAUGGAGUCGUGGGAGUGAUAAAUUUAACCAGCUCAGCCCCAUUUUUUGCCUUUUUCCAUCUGUUUUCUAGCCUUCAUACAUUUUUUUGCAAUAUGUCUUAAAGCCUUGCUCUUUUACCUGAGUUUAUAGUAGAAGAAGUUUAUCACUCAGUGUCUAAAGGCUCUGGUUUGAGAAAUCAAGGGUGUACAACUCUCAAUAACUUUCCUAAAAGUAAAGUUACAUAUGCAAUUAGUCCCAAGAAAAUAAGAGAAAUUCACCCGUGACAUCUGGAUUCUGAUAGAGCAGAGCCCUGAUCAGAGCUCUUUUCUCUGUUGUAAAAUUCUUUGAUGUUUUUUUUCUUGUUUAUGAUUUCUUGUUGUUGUAGUCUGGGAGUGUAAUUCCAAUGCCUGUUCCAUCAAGUUACAAUGAUAUCACUGAAGACAGGAAAUUGAGGGACUUCAUUGGCUGGGUUUGGUAUGAAAAAGAGGUUUAUGUCCCAAGAUCAUGGGAAACCAAUACCACAAGAGUCGUCCUUAGAUUUGACAGUGCAAACUACAACACCAUUGUGGUAAGAUUGCUUUCUGUCAAGUGAGAUUCUUAUCUUAUCUUGUGUAAGACACUUUGCCUUUAUGGAAACUUUCUCUUUCCUAUAGGAGUGUAAAGGAAUAUUAGUGAACUGCCAGAGAAAUUAAUCUAAUGAAAUACAGGAGGUUGUCUAUGAAGAACUAGCAGUCCAUCCAGGAGAAUUAAUAAUGAUCUGAUUCACUUCAUGCUGCCAAAAAAUGGAUAAGCACCUGGGUUGUGGGCCAUUCAACUGAUGUGUAUACCCUUUUUACAUGUUUAAUUUUCAUUUUAGUGGUUGAAUGGAAAAGAAGUUAUGAGACAUGCAGGAGGACAUCUUCCAUUUGAAGUGGAUGUCACACCUCUGCUUACCUUUGAAAAACCAAACAGGAUCACUGUUGCUGUCAAUAACACACUUACACCCAUGACACUCCCCCCAGGGGAGAUCCAAUAUCUCACUAAGGGGGACUGGUGAGUACUUAUUCAACUGCUCUGUCUAGUUUCUACUACACACUUGUGAGAGCACCUGUUCUCAUGAUAAAGGGUUUUGCUUUAGAACCAGUGGACACUGAACUUUGACUGUAGCAUAGAAAUGUAAUAUAAAUUACAUGAUAAAAUUUUAUAACUGUAAAGCCUUCAACUCAACAUCCUUCUGUUUCAACAAUUAUUUGAAACUUAAAAACCUUACUAAACUUUUGAAUCCAGUACUGAUCAAAAUGUAAUGUCUCUCUACAUCACUAAUAUAUUUUGGGGAGAUAAAUUAUGACAUUGUAGUUGCAGUUAAGCAAUGAUAUGUUAUUGUUUUGAUAUAACACCUGAUGUAAUUGUGAAUAUGUGGCAGUGGGCUGGGAGAUUUCAAAGUCACGUAUAUUAUAAACAACAGCGUAUUACCUUAACCCUUUAACUCCCAGAAGUGAUUAACAUGAAACUUCUCCCUAUAAUAUCCAUACUUUAUCCAGCAAAGGGCAAAUGAGAAUGCCCAAACUUAUCAGGUAGAAGUUGUUAUCUUGAUCUAGUACCAAAUUCCCCAAACUUAUUUACCAAGAAUUGUGUAAAAGCUGGAAAGAAGAACUAACAAUCAGAUCUUGGGAGUUAAAGGGUUAACUGAGUAUUCUUGGUUUGAACCAUGAAAAAAGUUUUUCUUCCGACUUAUUCUUUGAUUUGUUAUCUUUUCUCAGGUAUCCACCCGGAUUUUUUGUUCAGAAAUAUACUUUUGAUUUCUUCAACUAUGCUGGUAUUCAUCGUCCAGUUAAAUUAUACACCACACCUGUUGUUUAUCUCUCUGAUAUCACAGUGACAACAAAUUUCUCAGACAAUGUUGGUGAGGUCAAAGUUCUUGCAACUGUGUCGUCAAUCAAUACUAUUGCCAUGCUUCCAAAAGGUGAUAUCACCGUGGAAUAUCUUCUGUAUGAUAAAUCUGGAUUUGUUGUUGCCUCAGCUGGAGGUCCUGAUAUGUUUGAAGAAACUUUGUCUGUCAAGAAUCCAAUGCUAUGGUGGCCAAUUGGAAUGAGUGAUAAACCUGCAUAUUUGUACUCACUAAAGGUUGUUGCCAUAAAUUUUUAUUUACGAAUUAAUAUAUAUUAGUGACCAUUUUUUACGUCAAGGUGGCUUAAGGUCAGCAAAGAUGCUUUCAUGUGUGUGUUCAUAACAGAGAUAAAGUUAAUUAGGGACCAGUUGUAUAAAGGGCAGAUAAUGUUAUGUAACAGCAGAUAAAUUGCUAUCCAGUGGAUAAGUGAUAGCAAAACAUGCUAUGCCAUCCAUUGGAUGGAGAUUUAUCCAGUAGAUAGCAUUUUCCAACAUUUGAACCACCAGGGCAAGGUUGAUGAAGAAGAAAAGUAAUGCAGCCAGAAUCCUGCAAUAUUGACUGACAAGCUGGAUUUUUUAUAUGGCUACAACAUAACACCAAAGAGUUGAAAUAAAUUGGUAAUAAAAAUCUAUAGGAUUUUCUUUGUUUUGGCCAUCUAAAGACUUGUUUAUGACUCUCCCGUAGCCUAAACUGUUGGGUAAUAAAAUAUCUUUUCCCUUGCAAUAAAAAAAACAAAUUUUUAGAAGCAAACAUUAAUUUUCCUUUUUGUGGGAUCAAAGUAGAUAAUCCUAGGUUAGGAAGAUUAGGGAUCAUCUGAUUUACUACUUUUGCCUUGGAUAUCCAAUAAAUCCUACUUCCUGUUUCUAAUUUUUUUCCUGUUUUAACUUAUGUGGUAUUCUGCAGGUGGUUGUUCGGUCUGCAUUGUUUACUCUAGAAGAUGUGUAUUACCUCCCUGUGGGUAUAAGGACUGUCAAAGUUGAAGGAACCAAUCUUCUUAUAAACAACAAGCCAUUUUACUUUAAAGGAUUUGGAAAACAUGAAGAUGCUGAUGUAAGGAUAAGUGUGUAUUGUAGAUAUUUAAUUACUAUUAUAAUAAUGACAAAAUUUGAUUUGUGAUUCUCAGCAACCCAAUGAUCAGUGUCAGUGCUCCAAGUUACAACCAUUUUGGUUGCCAUGGCAUGUAAAAAAUAUAUUUGGUGACUAAAUUUUUGACAAAAGUCACCAAUUAGUGUCUAAACUUUUGACAAAAGUCACCAAUUGGUGACUAAACUUUUAACAAAAGUCACCAAUUAGUGACUAAACUUUUGACAAAAGUCACCAAUUGGUGACCAACAGAUUCGAAAAAAAGAGAGAGGGCAAAGGAUGACCAAAAAUUUGUUUAUGGGGAACAAUUUACAAUUGGAGGUUGCCAAAAGGGGACUCUUUGAAAAAUUGAACUUGAACUCUGUUGCAAAAGGUCUGUGUUUGAGUCUUAAUGGCUCAGUGGCCAUUGCGUUUUAAUUUGGGAAAGAUUCUUUGCUCUCACUGUACCAAUUCUCCACCCAGGAGUAUGCAUUUGUACCAACAAACUGUCAGGUAAACCUAAAAAAAUGCGGGGGCAGGGGGUGGAGGUAAAAAGGUGUAGGACAAGCUUUCCAGUAUGGUGGCUUGUAUUAGGUUCUCAGGUAUUGCAAACUUGCAAAAAAACCGGCACAUGAAAGAUGUGAAGCAAGCAGUGGUUGUGGUAGCAAUUAAGCUAAUGCUUGCUUUUUUUGCAAAAGCCAUUCUUCAAAUGGUCACCUUUUUGCUCACCUCCCCUGACUUGGAGCCAGUAACAGGAUUCUCAUCAGGGAUGGUUAGUCAUACCCCUAUUCCCUAUAAAAAUUAUUUUAAAAGUUGAUAUGACACACUCCCAGUCACUUAUUGACCACAAUGCUUGCAAGGUUCAGUCCUAAUAAUAGCCACUUGCAAUUUUCUUCAAAGAUUCGUGGUAAGGGUCUGGAUUAUGUAAUGAUAGCCAAAGACUUCAAUCUUCUGAAAUGGCUAGGUGCUAACAGCUUUAGGACAAGUCACUAUCCCUACGCUGAAGAGAUCAUGGAUAUGGCUGAUCAGCAAGGAAUUGUUGUGGUGGAUGAGUGCCCUGGAGUGGGAAUUGGAGUGUAAGUUGUUUUGGGCUAAAAUAGAGUGCUAACUGUUAGUUAGCAAUCAGCCGCUUGGGCAAUAAAUUUUAAAAUGAUUUCUGCCGUUCUUUAGAGUCAUCACUUUAUUCUUCUCCAAGGAACGUAUGCUCAGUGUCCCAAUGUCCUCAAUGUUUUUGACAAAUUCUACACAUAUAUGAAACAUAACACGUAGGAAUUGACCAAACUAGUCAGGCGGUUGUACCAAUUUAACAAUGUACCCUAUAAAAAUCAGGAAUAAAAUUGCCUAUUUCUUUUUGAUGGAUGAAUGAUCCCAAGAUUCUCCUGUGACAUACUGAUUGUAUUAUCUCCAUUGAAUAUUCUUUCAGAACAUAGAGACAGUUUGAAGUCCAAAUUAGCCUACUCUUUUUUUUUUUUUUUUUCUUUCUUUUUUUUUUUGUCAGUAAUAACCUCGGUAAAGAAUCCUUGGAACAUCACAGAGAAGUCAUGGAAGAGUUGAUUCGCCGCGAUAAGAACAGACCAGCAGUCGUUAUGUGGUCUGUAGCUAAUGAACCAUGCAGUGACAAGCCCAAGUCGGUGCCAUACUUCAAGUGAGAACAAACCACAAUGGCGGAUCCGAAAUAGAGCAAUUUUUUAUUGAGUUUCGGAAGUAAUUCGAAACUGCAUUAAUUUUGCUUUACCCCACUCUGUGAUUGGACCAGAAAUCUUGAGCCAUCCUCUCAACCAAUCAUAUUCAAAACCGAAACCAGUCCGACUUGUCCACACGCACUUUUCCGCGCCUUGCUCAGAUUACUCGAUUUCAAUUGAUGUCCUCAUUGACCCGCUGUAUUAUCUUGCAUUCUGAUUGGCUGAGAUGAUUGGCUUGAGCACCUGCAUUGGUCUUACUUUACUGAAAUUUCAACCAAUCAAAUGCCAAAUGCGUUUUCCCGCGUUUCACGGAGGGUGCAUUUUUUUAAUGUGAGCUCUCAUUGGCUCUUUCAGAGAUUUCCUUUGUUCGGAGAUUGACCAUCUUGAUUGCUUUUGUUUUGCUCUUUUACCACCCCAUCGAAAAGCAAUAUAUCUGAUUAAAAUAAUCGGAAUUACCGUAUUUUGCCAUGAAACGAUCUCUAUUACUUUAGUUUGGGAUUUCAGACACUUAUUUGUAAAGUUCACAAACAAACUUUAAAGUCUCAGCCUACGUUUUCGACAAUCAAUUAACCGUAAGGAGACUCCUUAAUCUUAAUUUUAUUUCGUGUUAAGAGCAUUUCUACUUCCAUAGGAAAGUAUGUAAGAUCACUGUAGAUUCAUAUUCGCCCUUACGAAGGGCUAACGCUCGAAAUGUCAGCUUUUUAGCUCUUCACGGUGGCCAAUUUACGUUAUCAAUUCUGUCGAUAAUACCAAAUUACUCUGUCACAUUCUUUUCGCUGAGACUUAAUUCUCCAAAAACACAAGAGGGUACCGAGAGCCAUACCCUGACCAUUAGCAAACUGCCUUUCCAAUACACUUGUACCAACAGUUAACAGCCCCGCAAAGACUCCAAACGUCGACCAACUCAAUGUAAGAUGAAAUCAUUGCAAAUUUUAGAUUUACCUAUGUUAUGCCUUGUGUGUUCUUCUUAGGACCCUAUUUGAUGAUACACGCCGACUGGACUCAACGCGACCUGUGACAUUUGUAACAAUGUUCAAAGCCUGGAAUGAUAAAGUUGUGAGUAACAGAUGCUUUCGGUAAAAGUUAUGUUAUUCCUUUGGGCUCACUUUAUUAGAGCCCGAGCUCACUCGUACAUGGUUGACUGAGUAAUCGGGCCCCCGACACCAUCUUAAUCACUUUAGGCCAAAUAUCAUUUUUUGAUCUCAACUUUGUCGCUUUCUAUUUGUGCGUAUACCUUAUAAUGCCCUUUAAGCAGGUCACCCUAAAUUCACACAUUUGUAAAACUGAAUAUAGAACACUUUACUUCUCAUCUACAGUACAAACAUUCUGGUACAUUUGCAAACUAUAAAUAGGUAAAUAUUUAUAAACGUUCCGGAAUUUUCUAAAUCUCAAAAUCCUGAAAAAAGUGCGACCCGAUUGUGGCAACUCUAUUGAAAAUUUAACCCCGUUAUAGUCAAUCCAGUCGGGAAAAUGCAACCCCUUUCAGCGGCACAUCUCCAAUAGCCCAUUUCUACGUAGUGUCCCCCUCCGGGAUCGAACCACCAUUGCGUUUUGCAGUAUCUUAGUUCGUAUCCCUUCCAUUUUUACAGGUGCAGUUCUGUGAUGUGAUAUUCUGCAAUCGUUAUUAUGCCUGGUACCACGACUAUGGCCAGACCCAACUUAUUUCUAAACAGUUAGAGCGAGAGCUGAGGGACUGGUUUGAUACUCACUCAAAACCGGUUGUACAGGCUGAAUAUGGAGCUGACACUGUGGCCGGUAUGCACGUGGUACGUGCCCAUAGUUUCUCUGGUUUUACAUCGCUGUGUUGUAUGAUUGGUAAAGAAAAUUCGCACCAACCUUUCAACCAAUCAAAUACAAAUCUAAAAUUAGUCACGACUUGGUAGCUCGCGUUUUCCCGCGCCUCAGGAAGUGUGCUUGGUUGCACUUAAAUCUAUCAUGACGAGAAAGAAAUUCCUAUGUUCUAAUUGACCGCUCUAAUUACUUUUGUUUUGGUCUUACCACAGUCUAUCAAAAAGCGCUCUAUCUGUGUAAAUUCUGAUUGGAAUUUUAUAUACUUAGUGACAGAUUUCACUGCGUUGAUCGCCUGGGACGUAUGGUCUGGAUAUUCUUCUUGGUUAUCAUUUGUGGCUGUUGUUUAUGUUUUUUUCUUUAGGCAAGUUUUACACUUACUCAACAAAUUGCAAAUAACAUUAAUUGGUACCUUCGUCGGACUCUCGACGACAGGCCACUUCCAUGUUCCAAAAACCCUUGUCUUCAAAAUGAGGCAUGGUGUGUAACCUUUCUUGCGAAAAGAAGUUUAAUUUAUACGAGAAAAAGAAAUCGUUUUUACAUCGACAGCUUAGCAAAUACCCUCGACUUGAAACGGAGACUUUUUGGAUUUUGAGAAUGGCUCGUAGGUGGAAGUACGAGCUUCUCUAUUUGACUUAUCUAAGCAAGGGUGCGAGCUCAAGAAAAUUCAUCAUGUUCUUCGUGUUUUGAUUGCGUAGGUUCAGGUAGCCUACGUGGAGAUUGAAAACUCAUUCCUUAGAUUUUGAGUCGUUUCAGAUUCCGUGCAACUGACUGCGGUGCGCUCAUGUCUAUUCCCAGGUCCGUGACAAGAAUAAUUUUUCCGCAGAUCAAUCUUUAUGUACCUUCUAACAUUCAUAAAAGACCGCUUCUGUGUAAAAUGUUUAUUAUGAUUAUUAUUAUCAUCAUUAUUAUUGUUGUUAUUAAUAUCACGAUUCUUUCCUUUUUUGCAGGAACCCCCUACGAUGUUUUCGGAGGAAUAUCAAGUAAGUUCUAAAGUUUGAAAAAAGUCGCGAGCCCUGACGCCAGCGCUUGAUUAAAAUGCUCUUAAUGGCUCAUUUAAUCAACGAAAACGGGAGAGUCGUUCUCCUUUCAUCUUAGGUACAUCAAUUCGUUUCUUAAAAAUAGCCCAAUUUUGAACUAAAUCAGUGCUUGAAACUGGUCGUGAGGUUAAACCUUUGUUCAAUAAGGUAUUGAAUUGCGUUAUAAUUGGCAAAAUGUGGCUGGAUUGGCGAACGCAAAGAAAAGACCAAAAGAUGCAAGAUCACCGUUUUUUGUCUUCCCAUGUUUAAUGCUGCGAAGGGAAUCAUUGAUUUAUUUUUACACCCUAAAAUCAGUAAGAGAAUUUUUUCAACAAGCAAGAGCUUCCUCAGUUUAGGAUCAUCUCCUUUACUCUCAUGACCUUCAUGUUUCGUUCAGGGGUGAUACUGUAAGAGGAAAUAAGAAGCCAGUCAUCCACAGGAGUUAAAGGGUUAAUGUGACACUGUUUAUUCAAUUUUCAAAUGAGACAUUUUAGUGGCGCUUAGAUGAAAUUAUUAAGUGUAGAAAACCCGGAUGUGAGCACGUUGGUUUGUCUUUUUUGGUUGUGUUCGCUCGUUCAAUUUUGGAUGGUCUCCUGUAUACGAUUGUAAAGCUUAUCUGGAAACUAAUACAGUCAAGAAUUGUUCCUAAUUUGGUUUUGGUGGAUAUUUUUUGGUAACGGGAACAGUUAAGCUGAAAUGCGUACUCUCUUACUAGUAAUAUUUUAGCUAAACCUUUUUGGUAUCAUAUCAACUGCACAGGUGGAGUCACUCUUGCAGUACUUUCCGGUGUUCGAUAAACUUAGGAAAGAAUUUUUCAUCGGUGAAAUGAUCUGGAAUUUCGCAGACUUCAUGACGCAACAAGGUGAGUUGAAACCUGGGGCCGAUCCAGAAUCUGUGAAAAGAGGGUCCUGACAAUCGCCAAAGAUGGUUGCCAGUUGCGUGGGAAGGGGGGAAGGGGGGAAGGGAAGGAGUUUAAGUCCUUGGAAAUGCAAUUUGGGACACUCUUGAGGCUAAGUCGGCGUGAAUUAGUGUGUUAAAAUCUUUAUCUAAAUCUUUCUCUCGCGCAUUUUUCAGCUAAAAUAUGAUUUUCAUUGUAGAUUGUACUCGCAAUUCUCACGGUUGGUGACUCUAUUUGACUCUAUUUUAAAAAAAGUUACCAUUUAAAGUAUUUAUUAGUUUUUGCAUUUUUUUUUUUAAAAUUGGUUAUUUUCGUAAUUGCGGGCUCGUGCGAAUCCCCUUACUUCUCCCCUUUAGAGUCGCCAAAGGAAACUGAGUCGCUGAGUUUGUAAUAAGGGAUGUAGACAAGAUGUUCCACUCAGAGUGAGGGAGAAGAAAGGGGGGGUAUAUUACACUCGGGUUUUUAAAGAAGCAUUAGGGAGCAUGCCAGGUUGUUCAUUGAUACAUAGUGUUAGAGACGCUCGUCAAAGAGGGAGGAGAGGGGCCACAUGCAUCACAGCUACGCCCUCAACUGGUUAUCUUUAAAUUUUUUUCUCAAUUGCAUCAAUUUUCAUUCCCCAUAAGGUACAACCCGUGUCGGGGGCAACAAGAAAGGAAUCCUUACACGUCAAAGGCAACCCAAGGCCGCUGCUCACUUGCUGCGCCAGCGAUAUCUCAACAUAACCCUCGAACAAGGCGGCACAAGGACUGGGGAUGAGUUACUGGACACCCUUCUUCGUUUUGAAAGUCGUAGUGCGGCAAAUAUAACACAACCCGCUGUGGAUAGGCUUAAUUAAGGACUGUCUAAGAGGUGUGUUUUAAGAGAGGAAAAACGGAAUGAACACU